AUGCUGUGUGCGAUAUCAAAUCAUGUCCCACAGAAUCCCGUUAUUACCAAACAAAGCGGAUGUCUAUUUGAGCGCAGCUUGAUUGAGAAGUAUAUUGAUGAGUACGGCCGAUGCCCUGUAACAGGCGAGCCUCUUACUCGUGACGAUCUUUUGCCCGUGCGCGGAGGAACGGCAGGGAGUGGGCGGAGCAUGCCACAAAUUCUCGGUGUGUGCUCUGUUUUAGAGUUACUAGAGCGGCUGCGUAUUGAAUGGGAUGCAGUCAUGCUUGAGCAGUACUCUUUUCGUUCUAAGCUAGCUCAAGUGGAACAGGAGCUGGCUCAUUCACUGCAGCAGUAUGAAGCUGCCUGCCGCGUUAUCGCCAGUCUCACGAUCCAAUGCGAUGAACUGCGGCAGGAAAAGCAGCGUCAUUCAAAUGGAACAGAUGAUAACAUGCAGAAUGAAGAAGAAGCUGUGGUCGUGCCUGUUCCAUUACUGUCAUUAAUCGAUAGUCAAGAGGCAGAGCAGCGCAAAAAACGUAAACAACAAAAGCAGACCCUGAUGGAUUUAUCCACUCGGAUACCGGAUUCUUUUGUUGAAGCUUCUCAGGUCAAGGUAGCUUCGGACAACAUAGGAGGUGCUCUUUGUUUGUCCAUCGCGAAUGAUCAGUUGUAUACUGCAGGGGCUACAAGUUUAGAAAUUUUACAAUACAACAUGACAGAGAAGCGUAUAUCAGCGACCGGCGUAGGUCAUCAAAAGUAUGUGCACGCUAUCACGACGGUUCAUGAGGGAGCUCGUAUUAUCUCAGCCUCCAAAGACCACACGGUGAAGACUUGGAAGUCAGAGCGGGCUCAACUAACCUGCGAGGGAACUCUGCGCUAUGCAAAUGGGGCAUCGGCCCUUAGUCGUCGGCUUAUUGGUGAGACAUACGCACUAGUAGGUACCUCAGAUGGAUCUUUAUAUAUUUCAAAUGUUGAGGCAGGCGAACAAGCAGUUGUGGCAACAGGGGCAGUAAGCAGUAGCAUAACAUGCGCUGAGCUUCAUCCCUAUGCUUCCUUGGCUGCGAUUGGAACUGAAAGUGGUGAACUCAUAUUGUGGGAUGUAAAGCUAGCUGCUGCAGACACCGUUUUUUCCUUCCGCACCGAUGCCUCGUCUCAUGCCGAUCGAAGAAGGCGUUACCUUAACAGCAUAGACCUACACCCAGACUGCGUGACGCUUUCAGCGGGUCUUAGUGAUGGCUCUGUGUUGCUAUGGGACUUACGUAAAAUCGAGGAGCCCGUGGCUGAAAUUACGGUGCCUAAUGAUACUUCAGGCAACUCAACACCCUCACCAGUAUCAGUAGCGUUCGAGGAAAGCAGUGGCGCGUACUUGGCGGUUGGAAUGCAAGACCUGAAGCUGUACUGCACGGCAAAACUUCUAGAGGGUACUCCACCCAUGGAAUGUGUUCUGGAUACAUUGAGCACUGAUCAUAACGAAGUAAGUCAAGUAUGCUGGCCGAGAAGUUCUAUUGUGGCAGUAAGUUGCAUGGAUGGUGUGGUGCGGGUCUUCAACACAUAA